AAUUCGCCACUCUUGUUGCCUUCGCCAGUGGUUAUAAAAAAGGAGCCUUUCGAUCCGUCAGAUCCGACACACAGUGAAAGUGAAGAAAGUUGCUCUUCACAUGCCGGCAAGAAACAGAAUAUAAUCAGAGGCAGAAAAUCAAUUAAAGAUCACAAAGAAGCUAAGGAACAACAGGAAAAGGAAAAAGAUUCCAAAGAGGAAAAGAAACCCGACUUGGACAUUAAGGAUAAAGAAGAUAAAGCAAAGGAUAAGCAAGAAAAGAAAGAUACAAGUGAAUCAAAAGAAACAACAAAAGACCAAAAAGAUAACAAGGACCAAAAGGAGUCAACAGCAAAAGAUUCUUCUCCUGCCAACAAUACAACUACCACCACCACAAGUAAUCGCCUAACUCGCAAGUCAACAGCUAGCCAGGAAAAUUUGGCAACUUCUUCGUCUCGUAUUACACGACAACGUCAAACCGGUGGGGUGACCACACGUUCUGAAACUCCCCCAGCAACACGUGGUGGUAGAGGUCGAGCUUCGAAUCGUGUUAAAAUGCCACUGCCCAUAGUCGAGCCGGCUCCAACAGUUAGCAAACGUAAGCGUUCCGUUGAUUCUGAAAUGACUGCCACCAAUGCCCGCAAGCCAUCAAGUGAUGAACCUGGACCAAAAUACAUCAAAAUUGAGGUACGUGAUCCUGAAAUAGAUGGCGAUGAGCCAAUGUCAGCAUCCCAAACAACCACUGCCAGUAACGAGAGCAAUGAAGACACAACAACACUACUGGACAAUAUCAAAAUCAAACAAGAAAUUUUGGACGAAGAUGAAAUGAAUGUUGCCUCGAAUAGUCUAGCCUCUGAAACUGCAGCAUCCACAACUACAGAUAACACCUUGACCACCAACACAGCCACUACGUCCGGUAGUACUCGAGGCAAAGGCCGUUGGGCUUCACGUAAAUCGAAUGCUGGCAACACAACCGCCACUUCCUCCUCAACGUCAGGCAAUUCUAAUGCUUCGCCUUCGACCAGAGCCACCAGACAGACCAAACAAAAUUCGCCAACAAGAACAAGUGGCACCGCUUCCGAGCCGAAGAGAAGGCGAGUGACUUCCCAAAAUCGAAGUCUUCUCAAAAUCCAUCAGCCAAAUAGCUCCAAAGGAAACAACUCGGUUAAUGCCGAUGACGAAGAAGAUUCCAAGGACAGUAUGGCAUCAUCGACGAAUACAGAUGAUAUAGUAUUGUCGCAAAUAAAAACAGAAAAAACGAACAUGGAGUCGGAGGAAUUCAUUGCAGUAAAUGAAGAGAAUAAAGAAGAAUCGGAGGCCAAGUUGAAUGAUGAAUCCAAAGGCGAUGAUGAUCUUGAUGUGAAAACUAAAGACGCAGUUACCGUGUCUACUCCCCUAACAGUUGACACUGAAUCUGUUCAUGUUGACAAUCCGGAGGCACAAACGGCCAUUGAAUUGACCCCAGUGGCAACACGUUCUCCACCAUCCGUGGCAUCUGGCUCUGAAAAAUCUGCUUCCCUAAGUCCUGCGGAUUUGGUAAGCGAAGGUGUGUCGGAAAUCAGUGUUAAGCAGUUUUAUAAAAAACCAAAAUUCCUGGAAAACAAUUUGGGAAUUGAGGAAGAUCCCAAGCUGGGAAAUAUUGUACAGAAAGUAGUAAAUCUUGAGGCAAGUGCAACAACAUCAGCUAAUAGUACCACGACAACUACGGCCAGUGUUAACAAGGUGUCAGAAAUAAAUGAUGAUCGUGUACUUGAGGAAUCGUACUCCAAUGAAUCAAUGAAGGAAGGUACAUUGCGUUUUGACGAAAGUGUUGAUGAGCGAAAAUCCAUUUGUCAGGAAGAUGGAAAUAGCCAGAGUUCCGAUGAUAAAUUAACACCUCUUGUUGUGGAGGAUGAUGAAGAUGAAGUCGCAAAGGAGGCAGGGGAAACCGAGGCUGAAGAGCUGGAAAACCAGGAAGAAGAUGAAGUUUUAUUGGUAGACACCCAUGACGACGAAGAAGAAGACAAAGAUCUGAAGGUGAUCGAAAACGAAGACACUGAUGCGGACAUAACUAAUGCCGAUAAAACCGAAAUCACGGAUGCAGCUACCAAAACCGACAGCAAUGUGGCAUUAGCAGAGGAAGACCAAGAAGAAGAUGAUCUAACUGUGGAAGAAAGUGAAACCAUUUCAAUGGACAAUAAUGCUUCAGUCAAUGAUGAUAUUACCAAUGAAAAAGAGGAGGAAGAUUUUGAAAAUGAUGAAGAUCUUCCGACCGAAAUCGAUGAUGUUGAAAUAGCAGCAACAACCACGAAAACAUCAGCGGUAGAAACUUUGGACAAUAGGGUCGAUUCAGAAUUAAGUGCUCCAUUAUUGCUUACCGAAGAAUCCCAAUCAUCAAGCGAUCACUUAGUAAUCGAUGACAAGGGAAAUCUUGAAGUAACUUGCGAUGAUGUUGAUGAUGAUGAAGAUAGGGAUGUCUUGGCUAAAAUCGAUGCUGAAUUGAAGAAAAUUGAUGAACGUAAUAAAGAAAAGUUAAAUGCCAUUCAAAAUGUCGAAGAAGCAGUAGAUACAGCUGCAAAUAGGGAAAAUAUUUCACAAGACAAAGUGGAGGUACUGCUAGAUGAGGAGGAAAAUGUUAUUGAAAAACCAGAACCAUCGAUAUCUCCAUUGAAUACAGUAUCCAUGGAUGUUGAUGAUGUUAUAAAUGAUAUUAAAACUACUGCCGCCAUCGAAGAUGAGAAACUCAAUGUUGCCGAUAUUGCCGAUUUGGAAUUAAAACUUGAUGACGAGAGUACGUCUUUGUUAAUCGACGAUAUUAAAUUAAAUGAACAUGUUAAACAAAUGGAAGAUGGUGCCAGUGGUGAGAUGAACAGAAUCGAAGAUGUCGCAGAGGAGUUGAACAAAAUAGAAGAGAAAUUAUGUGCUGAAGAAAAGACUGAUAUGUCGGAGACUAAAGAUGAGAAUAGUUUACUAAUGAAAUUGGAGGAUAAAACAAAAGUUGAAGCUGAGGUUCCUAUUGAAUCCAUUCUACCCGAUGAUGGUCCAUUUAAUAACACUAACACCAUUGAAACCAAUGAUGUUAAAUCUGUGCCUGCCACCAAGGAUGAUGAUGCCACAUCCAUGAAAUCGGGACAAUCGACCAAUUCAUGGAUGACGUUGGAUUUCGAAAACGAUGACGAAGAAUCGUUGAGGAAAAAAGAAUUGCAUUUACAAAAUCUAGGUUUGGUCACACACAAAGCAGCCGAAAAACGUCGUCUCGAGGUUAUACAAAGCUCAGCAGCAGCCGUUGAAGCAAACAAAGCGGCUAAUAUGCAUCAGGGCGGCAACAAAAGAAAUGGUAAAAAUUCAUCUCAUGCUGCAUCCACCCAUCACGAGUAUACUGGUACAUUGAAAACAAUCAUCAAACUUAAUCGUAAUUCAACAGGUGGUUCUGCUAGUGGCAAUAAUGGUCGAAAGUCCAAUGCCGCCGGUGGUACAUCUUCGUCGGGAAACAACAAAGAACAGCAACAGAGACGUCAAUCACUAAAAAUGACAUUCCAAAAGAGUCGGGGACGAGGUCAUGGCGCAGGCUACAGCGAUCGUUCUCAACACGACCGUGAAGGUCAUGGCGAGGAUAACUAUUACACCAUACAAAAUGAGACUGAAGGUGCGCUUCACAAAUUACAUUCAAAAACCACAACCUGUACUACUACCUCCAAUACUAGAUUAGCUUUAAACCAAAUUAACAAUAACAGUAAAACUUCUACUACUAACAAUACUAGUUGCAAUUCCUCCUACAACACUAAUUCUACGUACGCUAGAAAAUCAUACAGUUAUCGUCACUCCAACCAUCAUCAGUAUAACAAUUUUAGUGCCCAUUCACAAAAAAUGGAUUCUUCCCAUUCAGAAUCCCAUGAUCAUCAGUCCACAACAUCUGGUAUAUCCACAAAAAAGGAUGACAAGGAAAAAAUACUCAUACCCGAGAAGGCAUCGUCGUUUAAAUUUCAUCCCGGUCGUUUGUGUGAAGAUCAGUGUUUCUAUUGCAGCGGUAAAUUUGGUCUCUAUGACACUCCCUGUCAUGUGGGCCAAAUCAAGUCUAUGGAAAGACAACAGAAAAUAUUAGCAAAUGAAGAAAAACUUACGGUCGAUAAUUGCCUUUGUGAUGCCUGUUUUCGACAUGUCGAUCGUCGUGCAAAUGUACCAUCGUAUAAGAAACGACUUUCGGCACCUGGUGGCUUAGAAUCAACUACUCAAAAUGGUGUAAAAUCCUCAAAUGACAGCCAACAGGAAUUCGAACACAAUGACACUGAUGCUGGAGGUUCUGAACAUUUUGCGUCGGCAUCUUCACACAGUUGCUUGGUAACAGGUUGUUCAAAUCCAGCCGCUCAUUCUUUGCGUCGCAAAUGUAUUCGUAAAAGUGUAAAGAAAUUCUUGCUGAAAUUUGAGGUUCCGACAAACUCCCCAUGUAUUUGGUUGUGUCAAACCCACUAUGAUACAGUCAUCCAAUGUUCUGGCUGUGUUCUGUGUAAACGUCGUUUGGGCAAAAACCACAUGUAUCACAUCACCUCGGACACGGAUCGUCUUGAAAAGGCAUUAACCGAAAUGGGCAUUCCUGUCCAAUUGGGUAUUGGCACCGCAGUUUGUAAAUUAUGCCGCUACUUUGCCAAUCUCCUAAUGAAACCUCCAGAUACAACAAAGUCUCAAAAGGCCGAAUUCAUAAAGAAUUAUCGAAAACGCCUUUUACAAUUCCACAAUAUACACGAUGGCAGUAAUGAUGCUUCAGAAGCUGAUGAAGAUGAGAACAGCAAUGGCGCCACCUCAAACAAUGACAAAAAUGAAUCGCAACUACAAGAACCACAACAAGACACACCCCAAAAAUCUCCCCUGCCAGAAGAUGAUGGCUCUUCGAAUCAAAAGGAUCCACUGUCGCCACUAAACUCUUCACAUUCCGGUGAAAACGAAUCGGCCAAAGGCAAUUCCAGCAUGCGAGAGACUACUAGUGAGGCAAUGGAUCGCGAAUUCGAGAAUGCAUUAAUGGAUUCCUCCAAUUCAUCGGCAUCAAAUGCAGCUGAUUCUUCACCUAGUGAAAUGUCUAAAUUGAAAGCUAUCCUGCAAAGUAAUAGCAUGCCUGCGGAGAAAACGGCCGCCGGAACAAACAACAGUUCAUCCUCUUCCUCAGACAUAUCCAAUGUUUUGAGAGCGAAUCCUAAUAUUUCGAUGCGUGAACUAUUCCCUGGCGAGGAAGACCUGGGUUUACACUUCAAAGUUCCAUUUGGCAGUAGCACCAGCCAAAGGACUCCCGAGGGCUGGACCAGAGUACAAACAUUUUUGCAAUAUGAUGAACCGACUCGGCGUCUUUGGGAAGAAUUACAAAAACCAUAUGGCAACCAAAGUUCUUUCCUUCGUCAUUUAAUAUUGUUGGAGAAGUAUUUCCGAAAUGGUGACUUGAUUUUAUCCGCCAGCGCCUCCAACAAUGCUAGCGUUUAUACUCAAACCGUUCGUCAAAGGCUAACCUCUUAUGAUAAGGGACAUUGUGGUGGGCUUCAGCAGGUAGUUCAAACGGAUAAUUCGACGACAUCUAAUACCAGGGAAACUACUGGUAAUAAACCUAAAGAACCUGAACCCCAAAUUCCCACCUUUGAAAUAAAUGAAGAUGAUGAUGAUGACGACGAUGUUGAAAUUACGGAGGUGUCAAAACUUUCGAAAUCCUCCUCAUCGCUACAAUGCAGCAAUAACAACAGCCCGGAUAAACAAUUUUCUCGUCAAAGAAGUUUAUCAGUGGACAAACUUACCAAACAAUUGAGUACCAAUGCUGUAACAAUAACCGCACGUCCAAAAGAUGGAUCAAAUAAUAAACGCACCCCCACGCCAUCACCACAGAAAUCAUUGCUUAAAGAUAGUCUAGCGGGAAGUAACAACAACAACAGUGGCAAUUCGAAUACAGCAAAUCUAGCUGCAGCAAAUGCUGCAGCAGCUGUUGCUUUAGCUGCAUCUACGGCAAACACUGGUGGUCCCAGUAACAGCCGAAGUAUUCUGAAAUGCAACCUGCUAGGCAUAAAUAAGGCUGUUGAAAUUUUGCCCAUAUCCAACUCAUCCACAGCGUCUGCUGCGGCGUCACAUACAAACAAAUCUGCUAGCAAUUCUUCAUCACAUCCCGCCCCACCACCACCUCCUCCUGCACCAAUCGAAUCAAAACAACAAAAGAUAUUGGACGUAGCCAACAAAUUAUUGGGUAACCAAAUGGACAACUCAUCUGCAAAUAAAAAUGCAGUGUCUCUACUCAGCUCCCCGCCCGAAUUGGUUAGUCUUCAAAGGAGAUCUACUGGUCCAACCAUGACUGCUGCUCCAGCACCGGCUUCUGCACCUACUCCCCCAACUGCCUCGAAUACCAAUGCUGGGUCAAGUAAUAAUAAUAACAAUACAAAUAAACGACCACAGUUGAGUAAACCCGGUACUUCGCGGCCGCCUCCGAAUGUUGUUGUGUUGCCUGAUACAUUGACACCACAAGAACGGUUACAAAGUAAAACAUGGCGACCUACAUUGAUGCCGGUUGAAGAAAAUUUGAAUAUGCUUAAGAAUGGGCCACUCUAUCAGACAGCAGAUGGCAGAAGAUUGCCAGCCUUGGUGCAAGUACAGUCUGGUGGCAAACCCUUCCUUAUUUCCAUAUUCGAUUAUAACCGAAUGUGUAUUUUGAGACGAGAGAAAUUACUGCGCGAUCAGAUGUUGAAGGCCACCAAAAAGAGGCAAGAAGCCAAACAGCAGCAGCAGCAACAACAACAGCAGCACCAACAACAGCAGCAGCAAUUGCAUCAGCAACAACAACAGCAGAUGCAACAACAUUUACAAAAUAAAAACCUGCAAAAUAUGAACAAGAAUUUCAAUUCCGCAGCAGCAAUGAAUCAACAGAGGCAACAACAACAGCAGCAACAUCAACAACAACAGCAACAACAUCAGCAGCAAGUUACCCAACAGCAGUUGUUGCAGCUUCAGCUGUUGCAACAGCAACAAGCUUUUAUGAAGGUGGCUGCAGCCGCUGUUGCCAGCAACAAUCAGACGAACAACUCACAAGCGGCAGCACGCUUUCAAGCCAUGAACCAAAAACAAACUCCCACAAGCAAUAUUUCCACCAUACCGCCACUGCAAGCCUCCAUCACUAGCAAUGCCAAUUUCUCUGCCCCCAUAAUGCCUUUGUUGGCCAACGCCAUUACAAAUGCAACAAAUAGUGGUAACAUUAAUCCUGCCUCCAAUACCAUGAACAAUACUUCCUGGCUGUGGAAUAACUUUCCAGAUUCCAAUCAGCUUCUACUUAAUGGAGCUGCUGCCGGUGGUGGUGGUAUAAAUAAUGCGGCCGGAGGUAAUAGUGGCCCAUCCAAUAUGAUGCCAAAACUUCCACAGCUUUUAGCGAAACCAAAUCAUCCCAGUAACCCCGCCUCUCUAGCUGCAUCCAAUCAAAUUAUGAAACAGCAUCAACAGCAACAACAACAGCAGCAACAACAAUUGUUACUCUCAAAAAUUCCAAAAUCUCUGACAGUUAUACCACAGCAUAAGCUAAUGAAUCAGGCGACAGCUGCAGCGAGUGCUAGUAUUGCUGGCAACUCACUAAAGGAGUGAUGAUUAUUGAAUUGUUAUCAGACUGUAAAGCGUCGU